CUGAGAAACAGGCAAGAAUAUCAAGGCUACAUGCUAACUAGCUAGCCAUAUUGAUCAUAAAAGUAGGAUAGACAAAUAUAACAAAAUAUUGCAGACCGUAGUCAAAUUUUGACAUUGAUGUUGUAAGCUCUGUAUUAGUAAUUUAGCAAAAUGUCAACUCCAGCAAGACGACGUUUAAUGAGAGAUUUUAAACGACUUCAAGAGGAUCCUCCAGCAGGAGUAAGCGGAGCACCGUCAGAAAAUAAUAUCAUGGUCUGGAAUGCAGUCAUUUUUGGGCCAGAAGGGACACCUUUUGAGGAUGGAACUUUCAAGCUCACAAUAGAAUUUACAGAAGAAUACCCAAACAAACCCCCCACAGUUCGUUUUGUCUCCAAAAUGUUUCAUCCAAAUGUAUAUGCAGACGGUAGUAUAUGUUUGGACAUUCUUCAAAAUCGCUGGAGUCCCACCUAUGAUGUAUCUUCAAUCCUAACCUCUAUACAGUCACUACUGGAUGAACCAAAUCCUAACAGUCCAGCCAACAGCCAGGCAGCUCAACUGUACCAGGAGAACAAACGAGAAUAUGAGAAGCGUGUGUCAGCCAUUGUAGAACAGAGCUGGCGAGACUGUUGACCCCUCUGACUGUUCAACAAGUAUGAACAAUACCCAGCCUCGAUAGUCAAGAGGGAAACAUCAGUCUCGCGCAAGAAUAAAAUAAAUACACAUCAUGUUUUGAAUCCUCCUACUCUUACUCGGUAGAAUCGUCUGUUCCUUAGCUGUUUGCAAGGUUAGAGUGCUGUUGUGUUGUGAUCUCUCUCAUGCAGGCCCUUCUCCCCCAAAGGCACAUUUAUACUAAAUUAAAUGUACCAUGUUGUGCCUGGGUUAUUUGCAAAUUUUUUUUUUCCUUUAAAUUGGAGAUAGUCUUGGUUUAUGCCAUAUUUUACUUGGAGUUUGCCCCCUUAGGUGCAAGUUGAGUGCUUUUUGAUUGUUAACGAGAGUUUCUUGCGUUGCAGUUUGGUGUAUGGAGUCAUAUUUUGAUCUGGUGUUCUUACGCCUAAAUUCAGUGAAUUAAGUCUCACACAAACAUGUUUUAUUUACCCCUUCUCAGAUUUUUACCGAAGCUAAAUUAUGUGUUUUGUUUAAAGAAACUAAAUUCAGUUCAGGCAGACAGGUCAAUGCCUGAUAUAAUAGUUUUAUUGGACAUCCCUACUAUUAGGACUGGUGGUGUUAAUAUACAUUUGUAAUGUCAGAAAAGGUAAGGCUGUCUUACAUUGUGAUGUGUAUUCUGAUCAAGAGUAUCCACCAAGGCAUAUCUUCAACUUCCUGUUAGAAAAGAGCUCUUGUGUUUUAUCAGUUUACUUUGGAUUCAGUUUUUAAAGGGGAAACUGUUCCGAAGUUCAUAAGUUGUGCCACUAAUCUUGGACUCAGAAUGUAUCGAAAAGGGCACUGUUGAAGAUGUAUACUCACUGUCAAUACACUGUCCCCGACCCUGUUGCUACCUGGUUUGCAUGGUUUACUUGCGCACCUUUCUGGUUUGAUUUCAAGUGCCGUUUACUUCUCAAUCCCACAAGGAGUUUCUAAUCCAACAGCCUGGGCAUGACACUCUUGUGUGCUUGUCCUCUAAUGCAGCGUCUGAUUCCAAUCAUCUGGAUGAACAUUUUUUUCUAAUGCACAUCAAAUUUCAGAGUGUCAAAUUUGCACUAGUAACCCAUGUAAGAAACUGUACAUUUUCUCACUUCUUGUAAAUAAACAGUAAAAUCAAA